UCAUGUUCCUCAAAUAUCAGGUUGUUGUUGCGUCGCUGACGUUGAGGGGGUGGCGCAAUUGGCGCGUUUUCUGCGUUUACUGCUAAUGCGGCCUGAACUCCGGCUUGAACUCCAGCCUGAAUUGAGUCAGCCAAAGUUCUGCGGAUUUCAUCAUGAAAGUUUUCUUGAAAGUCUUCCAAGAAUUGUUGAAAGUGUGUCCAGUCGUUAGCUGGUUCUUUGCCUGGUCGAGGAGCCAUCACAAGAUCGAAACAAUCGAAAAAAUUGAAGUUCUAAGUCUCUGAUACCAAUUGACGGAUCAGAAGUACUGUCUAGUAACCGAUAAUGCAAAGGUAACGUUGAAUUCUGAGAAUACCCGUUAUCUUGGCCUUCUUAAUACCGUUGAAUUCUUAAGAAUGCCCGAAAAUAAGGAUUCAAGAGUUGUUAACACAAAGUUCUAAGUUUUAUAAAUUUUAAUAAUCAAGUUGUGUCUCUUACAAAUCAAGAGAUCACUAUAUAUAACAAGGUGAAAAGUCCUAAGUCCUUAAGGAUUAGAAUCUAAUCUUUAUCCUUAAGUCUUAAUCCUAAUCUAUUAAGGAAAACUAAUGUUUAUCUAAAAACAAAACAAAAAGGAAACCAAAUCAUAGAGGAAUAAGGAUGUAGGCUACAUCAGAUAUUCAAUGGAGAAAGUGAACCAAACAUUCUUUUUAUCGCAUGGAUCUCCCAUGUUGAGCAUAGAUGACACCUUGGAGGCAAGACAGUUCUUCAAGUCAUGGUCGGGAAAAGUUUUUCAACACAAACCCAAAUCUAUUUUAGUCAUCUCUGCUCACUGGGACACCGAGUUUCCAUCCGUCAAUACUGUUCUCCACAAUUCUACCAUCCAUGAUUUCAAUGGUUUCCCUGAUCCCAUGUACAAGCUGAAGUAUGAAGCACCAGGAGCUAUUGCAUUGGCGAAAAGGGUUAGAGAGUUGCUAAUGGGAGGAGGAAUGAAGCGUGUUGAUGAAGAUACAGAGAGAGGACUUGAUCAUGGAGCUUGGGUUCCUCUUAUGUUGAUGUAUCCAGAUGCAGAUAUACCGGUUUGUCAACUCUCUGUUCAAUCAUCUCAAACCGGGACUUACCAUUACAACAUGGGCAAAGCAUUGGCUCCACUGAAAGAAGAAGGUGUUCUUAUCAUUGGCUCUGGAAGUGCCACUCAUAACUUGAGGAAGCUUGACUUUAGUAUCACUAAUGGCUCAGCAGUUCCUUGGGCUUUGGAGUUUGAUCAUUGGCUCAGAGACUCUCUCCUUCAAGGAAGGUAUAAGUUAAGGUUCCGAAUCUUUUUUUUUCCGGUUAAUUUUAUAGGAAUCAUUGAUGAUUUAUGUUUUUACAUGUAUGGAGAUGUGAAUGAGUGGGAAGAGAAAGCUCCAAAUGCAAAAAUGGCACAUCCAUGGCCAGAGCAUUUCUACCCAUUACACGUUGCCAUGGGUGCAGCUGGUGAUGAUGCGAAGGCAGAGCAAAUCCACACAAGCUGGGAACUUGAGACUCUGUCUUAUUCUUCUUAUAGCUUCUCUUCUUCCCUUUGAAACGUUUCAUCUUUACCUCCUUUCACUUGCUGUGUGACUACUUUAAUGUAAGCACUGUGUAUUUCACCUAUCUCUUAUAAUCCAAAUCCUUGUAUGCAAAUACAAACUCCUCUCAAAUAAUAAAAAUAUUUAUAUA